AUGUCGGAAAAUGAAGGAGAACAAGGGCCGAAAAGUACAUUCUCCACUUAUAUGGCCGAAGGUGACCAGUUGUAUCACAAAGGAGAGUAUGCCAAAGCAGUUGAGAGUUACUCCACGGCUUUAAUACUACAACCCGACGAUAGGAAUUGCUUGGUCGCCAGAUCAAAGUGUUAUGUGAAAAUGGGGGAUCCGGAGAAUGCCCUGCGUGACGCUGAAGCUUCCCUCAAAGAUGACAAAGAAUUCUUCAAGGGUUUGUAUCAGAAGGCAGAGGCCUUGUACACCAUGGGAGACUUUGAGUUUGCCCUUGUCUUCUAUCACAGAGGACACAAACUGAGGCCAGAGCUGCAUGAGUUCAGACUGGGCAUUCAGAAAGCCCAGGAGGCCAUCGAAAACUCUGUGGGCAGCCCUUCUUCUGUGAAACUGGAGAGCAAAGGCGACCUGUCCUUCUUCCACAAGGCUGAUGAGAAGUCUCAGCUGAAACCUUUUAUCCAUCCUCUGAAGAAAGAAUUAAGACAGCACGGCCAAAAGACUCCCAAAAGUGAAAAAAUAGCCAAGCAACUGCUGCGAGAGCUCUAUGCUGACAAAGAAUACUUGGAGAAACUGCUUAAAGACGAAGAUUUGAUAAAAGGAAAGACACGAGGAGGAGAGAAACUACAGGACCUGAUUUUGGGCUGCAUCUCGUACCUGGACACCCGGACCGAGUUCUGGCGCCAGCAGAAGCCCAUUUACGCCCGACAGCGAGACCGCAAACUCAUGCAGCAGCAGUGGAACCGCGCACGCAACAGCCCCCCCUCUGACCCCACCCGCUACGUCCUCUCCAACCUGGAGCAGAUCGAUACAGCACUGAGCGCAGGCAACGCAGAGAGCGGCCUGAAAAAGGCACGAGAGGUCCUGAAGACGGUGCAGGGUUGGUCAGAGGAUGCUUUACCCAACAAGAAUGAGGUGCUGGGAAACCUCUAUAGCUGCAUAGGUAAUGCUCUGAUGGAUUUGGGAGAGAUGGAUAAGGCCCUGGACAACCAUCAGAAAGAUCUAGAACUGGCCAGACAAGGUAAUUUGAUAGACAGUAAAUCCAGAGCUCUCGACAACAUCGGCCGUGUUUACGCACGCAUUGGCAAGUUCCAGCAAGCCAUAGACAUCUGGGAGGAGAAGAUUCCCCUUGUACGUGGGGGUCUGGAGAAGGCCUGGCUCUUUCACGAGAUUGGACGCUGUUAUCUGGAGCUGAGGCGCCACAGCGAGGCGCGAGACUACGGCUCUCGGUCGCUCGCCGCUGCUGACGACAUCGCCGACGAGAAAUGGCAGCUCAAUGCCAAUGUUCUAGUGGCCCAGGCUGAGUUGAAGCUUGGUAAUUACAAGUCCAGCGUGGCUCACUUUGAGAAGGCACUGGAGCGGGCUAAAGUACUGCAGGACGACCCUGCCAGAGACGCUAUCCAAAAGGCUCUUCGUGAGGCCAGACAACACGUGACUCAGUGA